AUGCGAUAUCUUCAGGAUCUUCCGGAUGCCGACGUACCUCAAAGUCCCGAACAACCGCGAUACCACACCGGCAAGCUUCCAAACAGCAAGGCUGGAGAUGGCAAGCCUCGCCUCAUGCUGAUGGGCCAACGAAGGAGUGGCAAGUCUUCCAUCUCCAGUGUUGUCUUUCACAAGCUACCCCCAAGCGAAACCCUGUAUCUUGAGACAACCACGAGAAUCAAGAAGCAGUCAAUGCACUCAUUCAUGGACUUUCAAGUGUGGGACUUUCCGGGACACCUCGAUUACUUCGACCCUCAAUUUGACGUCGACAACAUCUUCUCCGAGAUCGGCGCGCUAAUAUGGGUGAUUGAUGCCCAGGAUGAAUACCUAGAGGCCAUCGGCAAACUGAACGAGACCAUCUUGAACUUACAGAACACAUUUCCUGAUAUUAAUAUAGAGGUAUUUGUUCAUAAAGUCGACGGUCUAUCGGAAGACUACAAAAGCGACACAUUCCAGGACAUAAUCCAACGCGUGCAAGAUGAGCUUUCCGACCAAGGGUACGAGAAUGCACCGGUCAGCUUCUACCAGACGAGCAUCUACGACCAUUCAAUAUUCGAAGCCUUCAGCAAGGUCAUACAGAAGUUGAUACCUCAGUUGCCGACUCUGGAGAGUCUUCUGAAUAGUCUAUGCAGCAACUGUCGCAUAGAAAAGGCAUAUCUGUUCGACGUUCUCAGCAAAAUCUACAUUGCCACAGACACAAGUCCAACGGAUAUCGGAAGCUACGAGAUAUGUUCAGAUUAUAUCGAUGUCGUGGUGGACGUAGCAGAGAUCUACGGAUGGCCAGAUAGACCGGCGCAAGACGAAGAGGCGGAAGGGCAACAGCAAGAGGCUGGCAAUAACAACGCAGAAAGCCUGAUCACAAUGGAGCGGAAAGGAAAUAACUAUCUCUACAUGAGAGAAAUCAAUCAAUACCUCGCCCUGAUAUGCUUGAUGGGAGACGACAGUCCUGCAGACAAGAAGGCCUUGAUUGACUACAAUGUCGGUGUGUUUGAGGAAGCAAUGGCGCAGGUCUUUCCAAGGUAA